AGAGCAACGUGAUCAGUGGUUCGUAGACGUGAUGACGUCAGACUUCGAGGCACAAGCCGUGAGCGCGUUUAAAGCUGAGUAGGGCGUGAAAGUGUGUGUUCGUGCCGCUCGUUUCCCUUCGCGUUCUUUUAACCAAAAAUCUCGUCCGAGAAUAUGUUUGAAUAGCCAAGCGUGUGCCGCCUCCGUAAACGUUACGGGACAAUUAUGUUCGGUGCUCUAUUAACGUGAUUGAUAGUGAAAAAGGAUAUCAUGUUCCGCUGCAUUCCGAUUUUUAAAGGGUGUAACAGGCAGGUGGAAUACGUUGACAAGCGUCACUGCUCUCUGCCGAGCGUCCCCGAUGAUAUUUUACGAUACUCUAGAAGCUUGGAGGAGCUGCUGUUAGACGCGAAUCAUAUCCGUGAUCUGCCCAAGAACUUUUUCCGGCUACAAAGGCUACGAAAACUCGGUUUGAGUGACAAUGAGAUCCACCGUUUACCACCGGACAUCCAGAAUCUCGAGAACCUCGUGGAGCUGGACGUGUCCAGGAAUGAUAUACCAGACAUUCCUGAGAACAUCAAGAAUUUACGGGCACUUCAGGUGGCGGACUUUAGUAGCAAUCCAAUUCCAAGGCUUCCGGCAGGUUUCGUGCAGUUAAGGAGUUUAACCGUUCUAGGGCUUAAUGAUAUGUCUCUCACGAAUCUACCUCCUGAUUUCGGAAGUUUGGAGUCGUUGCAAUCACUGGAGCUGAGAGAAAAUUUGCUCAAAUCCUUGCCGGAGUCGUUAUCGCAACUGUAUAAAUUGGAGCGGCUGGAUCUCGGUGACAAUGACAUUGAGGAAUUGCCAUCGCACAUAGGGAAAUUGCCGGCAUUGCAGGAAUUAUGGUUGGAUCAUAAUCAGUUGCAACAUUUGCCACCGGAAAUCGGCGAAUUGAAAACGUUAGCAUGCUUAGAUGUUUCCGAGAACCGUUUAGAAGACCUUCCUGAAGAAAUCGGCGGUUUGGAGUCUUUGACUGACUUGCAUUUGUCGCAGAAUGUCAUUGAAAAGUUGCCCGACGGAAUUGGGCAGCUUAAAAAACUUACCAUUCUUAAGGUCGAUCAAAAUAGGCUUUCUACUUUAAAUUCGAAUAUAGGCAGGUGUGAGAAUUUGCAAGAAUUAAUUCUCACUGAAAAUUUUCUCCUAGAACUGCCUGUAACUUCGGGAAAACUUCUUAAUCUUAACAAUUUAAACGUGGAUAGGAAUAGUUUGCAGUCGUUACCUACUGAAAUUGGGAAUUUGAAAAAGUUAGGUGUUCUAUCUUUAAGAGACAACAAGUUGCAAUACCUUCCAGUUGAAGUUGGACAGUGUACAGCCCUUCAUGUUUUGGACGUAUCUGGUAACAGAUUACAAUACUUGCCCUACUCCUUGAUUAAUUUGAACUUGAAGGCAGUAUGGUUAAGUGAAAAUCAAGCCCAGCCGAUGCUCACGUUUCAAACCGAUAUCGACGAAGAAACUGAACAAGAAGUAUUAACUUGCUUCCUUCUACCGCAGUUAGAAACUCAUUACGAUGGUUCUGGUCGAAUGGGUAUGAUGGUUGGAAUGAGGAAUGCAGUUCAGGCUGGUGAAAUCCGUGAGGUUGGCAGCAGCGAUGACGAGGGCUGGCAAGAGAAAGAAGCUUCGCGAACGCAUUCCGUGAAGUUUACAGACGAAGCUCCAGAAACCGAUAAGGAGACACCGUUUGUACGGCAGAAUACGCCACAUCCGAAAGAAUUAAAAGCCAAAGCCCAUAAACUGUUCAGUAAAGGAAAAAGUGAGAGUAGGUCGGCGUCUACGGAAGAGCAGGAUGUUUCUCAAACGUUUGGUUUAGAUAAAACUGAGACUGAUAUACUUACAAAACCUAGCGAUUUAGAACUAGCUGCUGCAGAAGAGGAUGAAGAACAAGAGAGACCUGAAUCUGUAGAAAAUGAGCAAAAGCAAACCAUAUCUGGAACAUUAGCUGAUAAUUUGGACCUCCAGGCAAACGUUGAGCCACAAGUGAUUCCUAAUCAAUACGUUACAGAGUCUAACGCUGAAAUAAGAGCUGAUGGUUCAGUUUCUGAACCGAGGGAUAGGAAUGAUAAGGAGGAUGAUGAGUCUGAAAGCGAAGAAACUCGGAGACACGUAGAAUUUUCUAUAGCAGAAGGGGUUGAUUACGAAGGUGCCAGUGAUUCAAAUAGGCCGAAUAGACUUCAUCGUAGAGAUACUCCGCAUCACUUGAAAAAUAAACGUAUCCAUACGGCUGUGGACAAGGAAAAGGUAGCUUCGAUUAUUGCGCAGGCACUCAUGAAGAAAACCGAUGAUGCUCCUGCAUCCAUCCCAGCAACCACAGAAUCUACAGAAAAUUAUGACACUCAUAGCCAAGGUGAGACAUCCAAUGCUGAACCUACGAUAGAAGUGCGAGAGGAACAAUAUGAAAUUCAUAUUGAGAGAACGACAGGUGGUCUUGGGUUGUCAAUAGCCGGUGGUAUCGGUUCAACCCCUUUCAAGGGCGACGAUGAAGGCAUUUUUAUUUCCAGAGUUACCGAAGGUGGACCCGCAGAUCUAGCAGGUUUGAAAGUAGAGGAUAAAGUAUUGUCUGUAAAUGGAGUUUCAGUAGUGAACGUAGGCCACUAUGACGCCGUAGAAGUUCUAAAAGCAUGCGGAAAUGUUCUUGUACUAGUAGUUCAGAGAGAAGUGACGAGGAUAGUACCGCCAUACGAACAGACCUCGUCAAGGAAGGAUUCGGUGUGCUCUAGUCUGAGUACAAGUAGGGCUCCGAGCGCAACUUCUCAUGUUUCAUCUACAGGCAUACCACAUAAUUUAGAAAAUGGUGACGCUACUUUACCGCCUGACGGAAUGAAGCCUAAGAAAAUUCCGGAACUUAUAGCCUCGGUCAAGGUAGGCAGUGAACCAAUGGUAUCAGUUCUUGUUCAUACAACAUUAAUACGGGACCAAAACGGACUUGGAUUUAGUAUUUUAAAACACACUUUUUAGGCAAUAUACAUUUCGAGAAUAACUGACGGUGGUGUGGCGCAGAAGGAUGGUAAAUUAUUAGUUGGAGAUAAAGUAAUAUCUAUUAAUGGAGUCGAAAUGAGAGGUGCUAAGCACGAACAAGCGGUAGCUCUGCUAACGGGUCUGGAAAGAUUCGUUCGACUGGUGGUCGAACGUGAUAUACCACUUUCCCAAGUAAACGCAGCCACGGUUGUGACACCAUCAGAAAAGUCACCGCGCGUAAUCGGUGCACCUAAACCGUACACUGGGGUGUACAAUGCCAAUAGUUACAUAGCAGGUAGACCGGGUUACCCCGGGUACCGACGUUCCGUCGAUACGGACAGGGCACUGUCGCCGAGUCCUACUGCGAAGACGCCACCGCCUAUGAAAAUCGAGACUAUGGAGCUGCCGAAAAUGAAUGGCGUCACAGAAUCCGGGAAUAUUAAGCACGCCUCCUCGAUAUCGCCAAGUCCAACAAAUAGCCAACCUCCCCCACAGCCUGCCCCGAGGCAUAGUAUUUCACAGCCGACGAUUGCAUCCACGAGAGCGACGAGCACGACACCCACGACGCCCACUACAGAGCCUAGGCCAACUUCGCCCCAGGAGGACAUACAGGUACCGAAGCCAAUCACCAACGAAGAAUUUCAGGCUAUGAUUCCCGCUCAUUUCCUGCGUCCUCCUACCUCCUCAUCAUCACCAGAUUUCCAUCAAGGCCCUAUCGUGACAGUGACAAUAAAGCAGCCUGAUAAUCUACCCGGAGAUGUUAAUUUUCCUCCGGCUCCCACUACUCUUGGUAAAGUUACUGAGACCAUCACAAAGAGCACUCUCACCGAGACCGUCGUGACUAGGGUGACCGACAACCAGUUGAUGCAACCGGUGAUCAUCGAGGAUGUAGUCCUUGUGAAAGAAGGAUCUCUAGGAUUCAGUAUCAUUGGAGGUACGGACCAUUCUUGUACACCAUUUGGUGCAAAAGAACCUGGAAUUUUUAUAUCUCAUGUCGUUCCUGGCGGAAUAGCUGCAAAGUCUGGAAAGCUAGGAAUGGGUGAUAGAAUAUUAAAAGUGAAUGGUACAGAUGUAACAAAAGCUACUCAUCAAGAGGCUGUGAUGGAACUUCUACGACCAGGAGAUCAAAUUAUGCUGACUGUUCAACACGACCCCUUACCAGAAAAUUAUCAGGAAUUGGUUAUUACAAAAGAGCCGGGCGAGAAACUUGGUAUGCACAUUAAGGGUGGACUUAGAGGACAAAAGGGCAAUCCCCUUGAUCACACGGACGAGGGUGUUUUUAUAUCUAAAAUUAAUUCCGGUGGUGCAGCUAAAAGAGAUGGAAGACUGAAGGUGGGCAUGAGACUGUUAGAAGUCAAUGGUACAUCACUGUUAGGCGCGACUCAUCAAGAAGCAGUAAAUAUACUUCGGUGUUCAGGAAACACAAUCACAUUAGUAGUUUGCAAAGGGUACGACAAAAAUGAGGUAGAGCCUCAUUUCCCAGUGUCUGACGGCAGAGAAUCUAAAGAGUCUAGAGCGUCUAAAGAGUCGAAAGAUCUUACAGCGGAGGGUACUAAGUCUUUGUCACAGAGUGUGUCUAGCUUGGAUCGCGAUGACGAAGAAGCAGCUACUCUAAGGCAGGAACAGGAAAUGAAGGCGGAACUUGUGGCGUGGGAGCAAGAAGAAAGGGAACGUGCUUUGAUCGAGCAAAGAGAAAAAUCUACACCGGAAAAAGUAUUAGACGUAGUAAGAGCAGCUGAAUCAUUAGUAAGCAAAUCGAAUAGUCCUGUCGAUAUGGUGCCGCCAAAAUCACCCGGUGGCACUAAAGAUCUCAAAACUACUACAAUCGUGAUGAGCAAGCACACUCUAGCACCUCAAAAUACAAAUUCACUAAGGAAAGAGAGAGCUGGAACGCCAACGGAUUAUUCGUCAACCAAGUCUCCGGUCUCUGUUCUUAAACCAACAACGAAACUCGAUCGUACCUCUACUGCCAGAACCUUACCCUCACCAAAGAAAAAGAGCUCUAUACCAAAACGUAGCAUAACCUUCGCUGAUCUUCCUCCUGUUUCGAAACGAUCAGUCGAUCAUUCUUCUCCCACUGUAAUCAAAGAGAAGCAACCUUUUCUCUUGCAUGACAAAUUCACCUCCGAGCCACAAAUCGUUUCUUACAAGCAAGUCUACCAUAGUCCCACCGAGACUCAUGCUCGUUUCAAACUUCCCCCGACGCCUCUUACCGCUCCUGAAUCCCUCCGGCAUUUUGGCACUUUGACCUCCUUUAGCAAACGACAGAACGCACGCUCUGUUGAUGGGAAUAUUCAGGUUGAGCUUUCACCGACAACAUCACCAACACCGCCCUUAGUAAAGAUGUCAGUUAGCGAUAAGAAGAAAUUGUUUGAAAGUGCCAUGGAGGAACAUUUAAAGCCAUCCCCUAAGCCAGACAAAGUAUUCAGUUUCCUCAGUCAGGAUGAAGUAGAAAAAAUGAAACAGGAAGAAGAAAAGAAAAUCGCCACGUUGACGCGGGACGAAUUAAAGUGUUGGGCACAACUUGAUGAAAACGAAGGUCUAGAAGAUUUGGAGGAAGCACUAGAAGAUCAGGAUAAUCGACGACCUAAUAGCCGACUGAGCUCGCGAAGUUCGAUCCCCAUUCUGCAGAAUCUUCCAAGCAGUGUACGGACAGCAAAAGCGGAACGACGUUUGAAGGAGAGAUUGGUACAGGAGGGUAUUAUGUCGGACGAAGAUGAAGAGAGCCAUUUGAGUCCUGCUGAGCAGAGAGCACUCAGAGCAGAGAAACGUGCGGCGUGGAGACAGGCACGAUUGAAGUCUCUUGAACAAGAUGCCCUUCAAGCGCAAAUAGUAAUAAAGAAAAUGAGCGAAAUGAUGGACACCACGAACAAAAUAAACACGCUACAAGAUUCGAUCGAUGCUGUCACUCCUGUUCUAGAAUCCGAAAAGCCAGCCGAUUUCACUACUACGUUACGGCCGUCUAGUGCAGAUUUCCCCAAACUUGCUGUACGCAGCAAGGUGGGUCCCCCUAAAGAGAUACGCGAAUCAGAAAAAGUAGUGGACGAGAAGGUCACUCGACGUACCGAGGAGUAUGUGGAUGAGGUGACGGGUGAACGUCGCGUGAGAACGGUCGAAUACGUCGAGAAGCUCAUUGAGCGACAGGUUGAAACUCUGCGAGAAAAGAUUAUUUCACUGGAGUUAAGUAACGCAGAGGAUGACGUUGAAAGUAUUACUGGGACAGGAGCCAGCGAAGGUGAGAGCGAAAGUGAAGAAAUUACGGGACAGUCUUCUGUUGUGAGUAGUCCGCAAAAGAAAACUGAAACGAUUAUAACUACAAGUGCCGCCGACGGUGUCGCUCCUAAAAUCAGUGCAAACACUGUUGUUACUACGAAGAAAAAGAAGAGAAAACGUUCGAAAAAAGGUCGCCAUUGACCGUAAAAUGCAAAUAUAUCGGUGCAAAAAUGAAAAGACGGGUAUACAAGGAAAUUGGUGAUUGUUUCCUUGUGGUUCACGUCCCAAAAGUGUGUUCCAAUAAUACAAAUUUUGUGUUAUACCAACUUUCCACACUUCAGAACCCUGCUGUAUUGGUGCAUAUAGUAUUACAGAUCCUUCAUUGCGCAUUGCCGUUUCGAAGCAUACAAACAUAUACGCAUAAGAUACAAUUUUAUAUCCAUUACUUAACGUAAUUCACUAGGUGCAUUCUGAAUUACAUUUAUUUUUCACAUGAACCGUGCUAUAAUUCUGGUAUUAGCUUAUUGUUUUGAAUAAUGCAUUAUUUUUAUUAAUUUUAGUACCGUAUUUUCAGUGGACAC